AAAACACACUUGGUAUGCUGAAAGUGGAGUUGCCUUGAUCUGAAUUAUUUCAAUGGCAAAUCGAAUCGAACAUCCAAGUGGUGGGUAUAGGAAGUUGUUUGAAACAGUGGAGGAAACUGCUCAGCCAUUGCCAACCUGCAUAAAAGGCACAAUUCCUUCGUGGUUAAAAGGCAGCCUGCUGCGAUGCGGACCUGGGUUAUUUGAGGUUGGCUCGGAACCAUUUUAUCAUCUAUUUGAUGGACAAGCUCUCCUUCACAAGUUUGAUUUUAAGAAUGGAGAAGUCACCUAUUACAGAAGAUUUGUUCAAACUGAUGCCUAUGUAAGAGCAAUGACUGAGAAACGAAUUGUGAUCACUGAGUUUGGUACUUUUGGAUACCCUGAUCCAUGCAAGAACAUUUUCUCCAGGUUUUUCUCCUAUUUCGAAGGAGUAGAAAUUACUGAUAAUGCUUUGGUAAAUUUGUAUCCAAUUGGAGAAGAUUUCUAUGCCUGCACUGAAACAAACUUUGUAACUAAAGUCAAUCCAGAGACACUAGAAACAAUACAGAAGGUGGACCUUUGCAACUACUGUACAAUUAAUGGUGCAACAGCCCACCCUCACAUUGAAAGUGAUGGAACUGUCUACAACAUUGGCAAUUGCUUUGGGAAAAGAUUUGCAUUUGCGUACAACAUUAUUAAAAUACCUCCGCUGCAGCCAGACAGACAAGAUCCCUUGAGAAAAACAGAGGUGGUUGUGCAGUUUCCAUGCAGUGACAGAUUCAAGCCUUCGUAUGUGCACAGUUUUGGUUUGUGUGAAAACUACAUUGUAUUUGUGGAACAACCAGUCAAAAUUAACCUGUGGAAGUUUCUCUCAUCAUGGAGUGUACGAAGUGCUACCUACAUGGACUGUUUUGAAUCAAAUGAUUCGAUGGGAACAUGGUUCCAUGUUGCAAACAAGAAGACUGGUGAACACCAUAAAGUCAAUUACAGGACUUCAGCAUUUAAUAUCUUUCAUCAUAUUAAUACUUUUGAAGACAACGGUUUUAUUAUUGUUGAUGUAUGCUCCUGGAAAGGGUUUGAGUUUAUAUAUAAUUACCUGUGGCUCGCUAACUUGCGUGAAAACUGGGAAGAAGUUAAGUUGAAUGCAAGGAAGGCACCUCAGCCAGAAGUCAGGAGAUAUGUUCUACCAUUGGACAUAAACGCGGUAGAACAUGGAAAAAAUUUAAUCUCCCUCAACACAACAACUGCCACUGCUACAGUUCGGCAAGAUGGGACAGUUUGGCUGGAACCGGAAGUACUUUUCUCAGGGCCUCGGCAAGCUUUUGAAUUUCCUCAGAUUAACUAUAAGAAGUUUAAUGGAAAGGAUUACACAUUUGCUUAUGGGCUGGGACUGAACCAUUUUGUGCCAGAUAAGAUCUACAAAUUGAAUGUAAAAACCAAGGAGCACUGGAUAUGGCAAGAACCAGAUACAUAUCCAUCAGAACCCAUCUUUGUUCAACAUCCAGAUGCACUGGAUGAAGAUGAUGGAGUGUUACUGACAUCAGUUGUAAGCCCAGGUCCAGGACAAAGACCUGCCUUUCUUCUAAUUCUGGAUGCUAAAGAUCUCAGUGAAAUAGCAAGGGCAGAGGUGGAGACCAACAUCCCUGUUACCUUCCAUGGAAUGUACAAACCUUGAUGUCAUGUUAUCUAGCGUAACUGGUAUAUUUACUCAAAAAUGCUGCAAUGUGUAAAAAUGCAAUGUAUGUGGAACAGAGCAUAAACAUGCUAACACAUUAUCUACCCCUUUAUAUAUGUUAUAUAAAAUAUAAUAUAUAUAUCUCAGUCACUUAUUAGUUUUGAAUUGCACAAUAAAUUGAAAUUAGCGGGCCAAUAUUGAGUUUGUGUACAAUGCCAAGCAUUCAGUAUAUGACAGUUUGACAGCAGAAGAUUAAUAUCUCAGAAAAAGAGUAGACUGCCAGUUGCUUUAUUUUUUAUGUUGAACUGGAAUGAGGAGAAAGAAUCUGCCUCUUUCAUGGUAUGCUAUGUAAAAUAACCACUUAACUGAGAUUCACUCUUAAUUUUCACAUUCUAUCAACACGGACUGUGCCAUAAGGUAUUGAACGGGUCUAGAUAGAAUUCUUGAUGUUGAAAAUAUUGCCUUUUUUAAAAAAAAUACCUUGUCGCCUAAGACUAAGAGAUUCUAUCUUUCCUUGCCACCCUGCCGCCUUGUCCUAAGACGCAAGGAACAAUUAUGUUUUUAAUCUCAAAAAUCUGCUUUAGGUCUCUUGCCUCCUGUUGCUGUUCCCAGCUUUUCACAUUGACCUUUCUCAGCACCUUCUUAUCCAUAUUUUCCACAGCACUUUCCAAGUACUCAUUAUCCAUGCUAACCACCUCCUGUUUCUUUGAAUCCUCCUCCAUUGCCUUCCCAAACAUUCAGUUUCUUUUUCUUAUUCUCAUCAGUAGUGUAAAUACAUCCUACAUUGUUUAUUGUUCCCUUUCAAAGCAUUUAUACACCCAGUUCUUGUAUUGCACAGCUACCUUUCUGUUCUCUGAAAACAUAGUUCAUGUUUAUUCAUUCUUGCAAAAAUCCCUCAGUAAAUCCCAUCAAUUCACUUCUCUGCAGCAUGACAAAUGAAACAUGUCAGCCUCUUCCACCUCAGUUCCUUCAUGGUUUAUUGUAAUAUUUCCUCUCCCCUGUAUAAUGCAGCCAGCAUAUCUCCAGCAAUAGUUUCAAUUCCCACAUGCCAUGGUCAUCUGCAUUAUACAUAAGGUUCCACAUUCACUAUCUUUUCUUCAUGGUGAGAACAUUUUCUGCCAUUAGGUACA